AUGACUACAAAGAACCAAACCAGAGUGACAGAAUUCAUUCUAUUGGGUUUCGGAAACCUUCACAGCUUCACUAUUGUAUUCUUCAUUCUUUUCUUGAUCAUCUUUCUUUUUACAGUUAUAAGAAACCUUCUUAUUAUCAUCUUAGUUUCCACCAAUGUCCAGCUCCAGUCCCCCAUGUAUUACUUCCUUUGCCACCUCUCCUUUUCUGAUCUUAUAAUGUCCAUGAACAUUGUUCCCAACAUGCUCGGAUCCAUUUUGUAUGGGGGGAAAAAGAUGACUUUUAUUGACUGCAUCACCCAAUUUUACUUCUUCAGUGGCACAACCAUUACCGAAUGUUUUCUUCUUUCAAUAAUGUCCUAUGAUCGUUACUUGGCCAUCUGCAACCCCUUACGAUAUUCUAGUAUCAUGGACUUCAAGAGCCAGAUCUAUCUUUCACUAUGGCCGUGGUUGCUGGGCCUUACUCUUAAUCUUAUAGGUGUCUUGCCUAUAUCAAACUAUAUUUUUUGUGAUAAAAAUAUCAUUGACCAUUUGUAUUGUGGAAUUUUUCCUCUUCAGAAGCUUUCUUGCUCAGACACGUCUCUUAUAGAACUGGAAAUAUUUCUGUUUUCUAUGCCAUUAUUUAUCCUUCCUUGUGGUUUUAUCAUCGUGACCUAUGUGUAUAUCUUCUUCACAAUAGUUAAGAUCCCAACUACAACCAGCAAACAAAAAGCAUUUUCUACAUGCAGUUCUCAUCUUAUUGUUGUAGGCACAUUUUACGGGACACUCAUAGUUAAACAUAUGAUCCCAUCCAUAGGAAGUGCUUUACUUAUUCAUAAGAUUGUUUCCUUAUUACACACUGUAUUUACCCCUUUGUUUAACCCUAUAGUAUAUAGUCUUAGAAACCAGGACAUAGUGAUGGCAUUAAAAAAGUUGCUCCAUCAAAACUUUUGUUUAGCUUUAUGA